AUGGCCUGUCGUCUACCAGGCGGACUUACAUCGCCCCAAGAGGCUUGGGAAUUCAUCUGCAACAAGAUGGAUGGCCGCAUCAAGGUCCCAAUGUCUCGAUACAAUGUCGAUUCGUACUACAACCAUGGAACCACCAAACCCGGUACUGUGUCCACCGAGUAUGGAUACUUCCUGGACGAGUCGGUCGAUCUCGGGGCCUUGGAUACUUCAUUGUUCUCGCUACCCAGGACAGAGGUCGAAAGAGCAGACCCACAGCAACGCCUUAUGUUGGAGGUUGCGAGGGAGUGCUUCGAAGAUGCCGGCGUCACUGACUGGAAAGGCAAGACGAUUGGCUGUUACAUUGGCAACUUCGGCGAGGACUGGAUCGAAAUGUAUUCCAAGGAAAACCAACAAUGGGGCCUGCAUCGGAUCGUAGGGACCGGUGAUUUUGUCAUUUCGAAUCGUCUCUCAUACGAGUUCGACAUCAAUGGCCCAAGUAUGACAAUCCGGACAGGGUGCUCCGCAGCCUUGGUCGCGCUCAACGAGGCUUGCGCAGCUCUCGGUCGAGGCGACUGCGAAGCUGCGAUUGUCGGUGGCGUCAACUUGAUCAUGGGUCCCGGAAUGACCACGGCCAUGACCGAACAGGGCAUUCUGUCGAAAGACGGAGCAAGCAAAAGCUUCUCUGCUGAAGCUAAUGGAUACGCUCGUGGUGAAGCCGUCACCGCAAUCUACGUCAAACCUCUGGCCGCUGCUCUCAGAGACGGCAAUCCUGUACGCGCCGUCAUAAGAGCGACCUCUCACAAUUCAGAUGGAAGGACUCCAGGCUUGUCUCAGCCGAGUACCGACUCGCAGGAAGCGCUCAUGCGUCGAGCCUAUUCCCUCGCCGGGAUCACUGAUUUUGGAGAGACGGCAAUGGUGGAAUGCCACGGCACGGGAACUCAAAUCGGUGAUCCGAUCGAGGCCAAAGCUGUCGCUCGAGUCUUUGGCGAAAAGGGCGUAUUCAUCGGCUCCGUCAAGCCGAAUUUGGGACACACAGAGGCCGCAUCAGGGCUUGUGUCGCUAAUAAAGAUGGUCAAGGCGCUUGAGCAUCGCACUAUACCACCGAACAUCAAAUUCGCAACACCGAACCCGAACAUACCAUUCAAAGAAGCGAAGAUGGUCGUUCCACUCGAGCCGACUCCUUGGCCCGAAGACAGACUGGAACGAAUCAGCGUAAACUCGUUCGGAGUCGGAGGUGCAAACGCACACGUCAUCUUGGAGUCUGCCGCCUUUCACAAUGCUCUGCCAAUGGCUACACCCACCAUGUCGGAAUCUCCGCAGCUGCUACUGUUCACCGCAAAUACGAAGAACUCGCUCGAACGCCUCGUCGAGCAGUAUCGUACGUGGGUAGGACAGAACCCCGAUAGUGUUUGCGACCUGGCCUACACUCUGGCCAGACGAAGAGAACAUCUACGCCACAGAGCAUUCGCGAUUGUUAAAAAUGGCGCGCUUGAGCCUGUGUCUGCACCGGUAGACACCAAAGCCGGACGCAAGCCAUCCAAGGUCAUCAUGGUCUUCACUGGGCAAGGUGCACAGUGGCCACAGAUGGGACGCGAAUUACUGCAGUCCAACAAAACCUUUCGCUCCACGAUCGAGUCUCUUGACCGAUACUUACAAGGCGUUGCAGAGUACUCCAUCGCCGCGGAACUGAAAAAACCAAGCAAAACGAGCCGGUUGUCGUCUGCGGAACUUGCACAACCGUUGUGUACAGCAAUUCAAAUCGCAUUGGUUGACACACUGAAGGAAGUUGGCGUCCAUGCGCAUGGUGUUGUUGGUCAUAGUAGUGGUGAAAUCAGUGCAGCGUACGCAGCUGGCGCACUUACUGCUCGAGAGGCCAUCAUGGCCGCACAUUACCGCGGCGCUGUGACCGUGCUACAGACGAGGAAAGGGUCCAUGGCCGCGAUUGGGAUGGGCUGGAAGGAGACCGAGAAAUACUUGGUCCCUCAUGUCAGGACUGCCUGCGACAAUUCCCCGCAGAGUGUCACCAUUUCCGGAGACACAGAAGCCGUGGAAGCCAUGGUAGCCUCCAUCCAGCAGAGCAAACCUGAUGUGAUGGCUCGACUCCUGAAGAUUGACAAGGCUUACCACUCUCAACAUAUGUCUGAAGUUGGAGACGACUACAUAAACCUGAUGGGCGACAACGUCCGCGGCGUCACGACAUCGAUCCCAUUCUUUUCGAGCGUUCACGGCAAACUGGUCGGCAGCGAGACCACCUUCUCGCCCGCUUACUGGCGAUCCAACCUAGAAUCGCCGGUUCGAUUCCGCGAGGCAGUCGAUGCUGCCCUAAGUCAUGACAUAGGCCAGGACGCUGUUUUCCUUGAGAUUGGUCCUCAUUCUGCUCUGGCAGGUCCACUGCGUCAGAUCUUUAGCCAUGCAUCCCUCCCAGCUCCGUACGCAGCCGCCAUGCUGCGCGGUCAAGACUGCUCUGCAUCCCUUCUUGCCGCAGUUGGAAAGCUUCAUUCGUUCGGAAUACCAGUCGGCUUGAAAGCGCUGUUCCCCACCGGAUUGUGCUUACCAGACCUUCCCCGGUACCCAUGGAACCACGAGGAAAGCUACUGGUACGAGGCGCGGGUCUCGAAGGAAUGGCGACAGCGGAAAUUUCCCCUUCACGACCUUCUUGGGCUUAAAUCUCCCGACAGCUCGGAAUUGGAGCCUGUCUUCAGGAAUAUGUUUCACCUUUCCAACGUUCCUUGGGUCCGUGAUCAUAGACUGGGCGAGGACACUGUCUUUCCUUUCGCGGGAUACAUUGCGCUGGCAGGUGAAGCAGUGCGACAAAUUACAGGCAUUGAGGAUGGCUUCCAAAUCCGCAACAUCGGCGUUGCGACCGCAUUCGUUGUGACAGAAGGCAAGCCGACAGAGAUGGUGACCACGUUCAAACCUCAACGUCUUACCACCUCUCUCAACAGCGCAUGGUGGGAGUUUACAGUCUCCUCACACAAUGGCCAUGCGUGGGUCAAGCAUUGCGCUGGUGAGGUUGCUGCAGUAUCUAAGCCGCCAGGACCGGGCUCCGACCCUGCGAAUCUUCCACGCAAGCUCAGCGCGAAGAAAUACUACGAGACGAUGCAAAAGGGUGGACUGGAUCUGGGUCCAUGCUUUCAAACACUCGAGUCCAUCCAGACCUCUACUGGUGCAGACAGUCGGGCGACUGGUAAGGUACUGAAUGGUAGACAAGGGGACGAAGGGAAUUACCACAUCCAUCCCACGACGCUCGAUGCCACAAUCCAGAUCAUGGGAGCCGGCGCAGUCAACGGAUCGUUACGCAAGACCAUGACUUGGCUACCAACUAGCAUCGACAACCUCACCAUCUGGAAGUGUUCGACGGACAUGGUGGUCGAUAUCUCGGCGGUGUUGUCUAGCAAUCAGUCCGUUGUCGGAAGUGGCAGAUGUACCUCCAACGGUACCGUUGUUGUCCAAGCAUCCGGUGUCAAGCUAGCGCUCGCCGACGGUGCGCUCGGAGUCUCGGCGCUAAAAGAUACACAUGCCGCUGCACGAUAUGAAUGGGCACCACAUAUUGCGUUCAAGGACCCAGCGGAACUCAUUGUUCCACAGUGCCACAGCGAAGAAGUUCUCUCGGACUUGAACGAGCUGGGCCAAUUGUGCUUGCUCGUCUCGAAGCGGCGAUAUGCAAAAUUGCACAUUCCACUCGACAAACCCCAUCUGACCAAAUAUCACACUUGGAUGAUCGACCAGGCUCAUGACGUGGUGAUGAGCCUCGCGCCCAAUUACGACAGUCUGGAUAAUGACACCAUGACGGCAAGAAUCAACGCACUGAUGUCUCACCUUGAGCGCACUGUUGCUGCUCCUCUGGCAAGGGUCAUCCGAAAUAUAACUGAUCAUAUGGAAGAGCUAUUGUCCGGCCGGGCACUCCAAGAUGUGGUGAACGAUGUUGACUGGCAAGCAGUACAAGCUUUCGUGCAGCAAUCUCACCCUGCCGACUUCAUUCGUUGCUUGGCUCAUGCUAAGCCAAAUCUUCGGGUGCUCGAGCUCAGCUCUGCGAAUUCGCCGUCGCCCUCGAGUCAAGUCGUGGAAGCGCUCCGUCAUGCCAACGGGCAGAUGCUUUGUUCUAAGUACACUCUCACGUCGACUGGCUUCAUAUCGGCGAAAGACCAAGAAAAGACUUUUGCCAAUCUAGAAGUCCGCACGCUGGACAUCCGUGACGACCCCGACACCCAAGGCUUCGAUGAUCCGGAGUACGAUCUCAUCAUCGCGUCCAACAUGCUUCGCAACAGUGCAAGUGUCAAGCAGUCCAUGCAGUAUCUCACGAGUAUGCUUAGUACCGACGGUCAUUUGGUCAUGCAAGAGCUAUGCUCAUCUGCGCACUGGAUCACGUAUGUUUUCGGACUGGAUCGUGGAUUCUUUACCCUGGUGGCCAGGAAGUCUUCGCCGGCGAAUCCAGCCACGAAAGUCAUUUCCGCCCUCUGUGAGGAACCGGUCGGGAAGAUGGCCCUGCAGAUCAUCGAAAGUCUUGAGCACGAAGGGUAUCAGGUGACCAGAUGUACACUGGACAGUCCCAUCGUCAAGGGGCAAGACGUCAUAUCCUUGUUGGACGCCGACAAGCCGUUCUUCGCGGAACUGAACGAACGUCGCUACGAAGCCUUGAAAGCGUUCUUUGACGCUCUUGAGGGAGCGGGAAUGCUAUGGGUGACGAGAUCAUGCGAACUCGGAUGCGUCGAGCCUGCCUACGGUUCGAUCAUUGGCCUCGCCCGUGUACUUCGCUCUGAACAGCUUGUUGACAUCUCCACCGUCCAGGUGGAUGACAUGGAACAACCUUCGAGCCUGAAGAAACUGUCGCAAGUACUCGCACGAUACCAAAGCCGCCACGGCGACGAGACUCUGAAUCCAGACUUCGAGUGGGCCAUUCGCGGAGGCGAAGUGCUCGUUGGACGUUAUCACCCCUUCCCUCUGCUCAACGAGCUUUUGGAAGAGAAUUCAAGCAUGUGGUCGAAGCUGGACGUUGAAACACCGGGUCGGAUCAACAGUCUACACUGGGUGCAACAACCGGCCGAAGAUCUAGCACCGGGCGAGGUGGAGGUGCAGGUUCACGCUGCAGGACUGAACUUCCGAGACAUUCUGGUUGCGUUGGGCAUUGUUGAGCUUCCAAUACGGCAAUUUGGAUUGGAAGCUGGAGGCAUCAUCACCAAAGUGGCACCCGACGUGGAUCCUCGCGAGCUCAAGGUUGGCGACCGAGUCUUCUGCUUGAAAAAGCAAGCGUACUCGACUUACUUGACCACACCGACAGUAUUCUGCGUUCGCAUUCCAGAUUCCCUGAGCUUUGAAGACGCCGGGUCAAUGCUCAUGCCGUACGUGACGGCUCUUCACUCACUUGUCAAUGUCGCUCGUUUGGAAAAGGGUCAAUCCGUCCUCGUGCACAGUGCCUGCGGCGGCGUUGGGCUCGCGGCCGUCCAGGUCUGCCAAAUGAUUGGCGCUGAGCUGUAUGUCACGGUCGGCAAUGAGGAAAAGAUCAACUUCCUGAUGGAAGAGUUUGGAAUCCCUCGAAACCGCAUCUUUGAUUCGCGCAGCCAAUCAUUUGUUGAUGGCGUCAAGCGCGAGACCGAUGGCAGGGGCAUCGAUGUGAUUCUGAACUCGCUUUCCGGUGAGCUGCUCCACGCCACAUGGUCCUGUGUGGCGGAGUUUGGCAUCUUGGUCGAAAUCGGCAAACGAGAUCUCAUCGGACACGCCAAGCUGGACAUGAAUCCUUUCCUCGCUAAUCGAACCUACUCUUGCGUGGACAUUGACCAACUUUGGAAGAAGCCUCAACUCCUGCGGAAACUCAUUCUCAACACACUGCAGUACUACGUUCAAGGGCUUACCACGCCAGUUCGGCCCAACAAGGUCUUCCCUGCCUCGCAAACACAGGAUGCUUUCCGAUACAUGCAGAAAGGGCAGCACAUUGGCCGAGUCUGCAUUUCCAUCUCGCACUCGCCAGUCAGCGACAACGAGAAAGCAGACUUGGAGACAACGCAGAGCCUCGCGCCGAUCCGCUUCGACGGUGACGCAUCCUAUCUCUUGAUUGGUGGACUUGGUGGACUCGGCCGCGCGAUUUCCUCGUGGAUGGUCGAGCAUGGCGUACGAGAAUUGAUUUACCUGUCUCGGAGCGCAGGCACAACUUCAAAAGACGACGCCUUCAUUGCCGAGCUCCAGAGUAUGGGCUGUGCUACGAAGCUUGUGGCUGGAGACGUUGCAUGUCGUGAGGACGUUGAGAGAGCUUUAAACCUUGCAUCUCAUCCCGUGCGCGGAGUUGUGCAGAUGUCAAUGGUUCUUCGUGACCAGAACUUUGCGAAGAUGAGCUUUGAGGAUUGGACCGCGGUUACCCGGCCCAAGAUUCAGGGCACGAUUGCGCUCCACGAAGCCACGUCGAAGUUGUGUUCCCCGCUGGACUUUUUCGUGCUGUUCAGCUCCUUAUCGGGUGCGAUCGGGCAGCCCGGACAGGCAAACUAUGCAGCCGCCAACACGUUCCUGGAUGCUUUCGCACAGUACCGGAACAGUCUCGGCCUCUCUGCUUCUGUCAUCGACAUCGGAGCGGUCGAAGAGGUUGGGUUCAUCUCGGAGCAACCGGGCAUGAUCAACUCGAUGAAAGCUACUGGAUUCAAGGGUCUUUCAGAGCAAGAGCUUCUGGAUGCCAUGACACUCGCUAUGCUGCGCAAGCCAUCUGCUGAACCUUCUGACGCCCCGACAGGCUCCACGUACUGCCACCCGACCGCCUUCGUCCUUGGGCUUGGAUCCUCCAUAUCUCUGACGGCGUCCAGUAAUCGCGCAGUUUGGAAGCGAGACCGUCGCAUGGCGGCCUACCACAAUCUCGCUGCCGAUGAUGCAGCGGCAGGUCCCUCGGCCGAGACCUUGAAGUCUCAUCUUGCUCUGGCCAAGUCGGAUCCCUCUCUUCUGAAAUCUCCCGAGACAGCGAGCUUGUUCGCGGAGGAAAUUGGAAAGAAGUUGUUCGACAUGUUGUUGCGCCCAUACGAUGAGCUCAACACGGCCUCUCCACUGACAGACUUGGGACUCGACUCCUUGGUGGCACUCGAGCUGCGGGCUUGGUGGAAGCAGGUGUUUGGUGUGGACAUUACUGUGCUGGAGAUGCUGGGCAUGGGAAGUCUGAAUGCGCUUGGGCAGCACGCUGCGGAAAGUCUGUUGAAGCUCAUGUCAGAGACUGCAGUGGCCGCUUAG